AUGAAAAACAAGGAAAAAUUUUCUUUAAACAAAGAAAUUUUCUCAAAACGAGAAAAAUUUUCUCCUACUCAUCCCGGAAAAAUAAUUGAGAGACGUUUUUUUAAAACUCGCAACUUAGUAGUGGAAAAAGUGGCUAAGGAUACUUGUUUACCUCUUUACCAAUUACAAGAAUUAAUAGAAGGAAAAAGAAAUGUUGAUACUGAUAUUGCUGGUCGUUUAGACCGACAAGAAGCAGUAGUUAAAAAAAUAAUUCGUCCUUACCAAGAAAACAAACAACAUGAAGAAACGGCUACCUUGUUUGCUUUCGCCAGUGAUUUAAAGAAGUUAAAAGAAGUAUUUGGCACGGACUUAGAACAGUUAAAAGGGAAAAGAAAAGGUCAACACACUUUCAUUAGUAGUAGUGUUUUAAUUUAUCAAUAUCAAACGAAUUCAAGAGAGAGAUCACAAAGAUUUCAAGAACGAAGGAAACAAUUCCAACAGCAAUAUGAUCUCCAACAAGAGCAUUUAGUUUCUACUAAUAAUUUAGUUAAUAAUCCUAAAAUUCAUGCUUUUUUUGCUGAUUUAUUAAGAAAUAAUGCGGAGAAAUUUGCCAAAAAGCCAAAAACCGCUAAGAUUAGCCUUAACCGCUUGUAUCUUUUAAAUAAAUUCGGACAUGAUAAAUACUUGACUAGUAAUCCCUACAUUAGUAAUGAUUACACUUAUUCAUUGGUUGGUUUUGCUGAGAUGAUCCACACUUGUUCUCAUGAAUUAAGCCAUUAUAUUCAGUUUAUUAAGCAUGGGAGAAGUAGUUGUGAGAGUGAUUUAAUUUUAAGCAACGGAAGAUAUGAUAAGAAAUUAGCCAAGGAACAUGAAGUCUUUACAGCAAAUAUUUAUGAAAUGCUUAGGAGGGAUUUAGAGUUAGAAAGAAGUGUGGUUUCUUAUAUCGGUUCCCUUGAUUCGGAAUUGUAUGAACAAUUAAAAGCUGGUUUACCUGGUAGCAAGCAUGAAGAUAUAGGAAGAAUGUGUUUUGGUUGUUUAGCUAAUGGCGGACACGGUAAUAAUUCCUCUUAUAGUUAUCAUGCCGAAGUAGAAUUAACUAAGGGAGGAAUGAUUGAAUAUGCGGUUGCUACUACUGGAAAUAAGCGUGAAACUUGCGAAGUUCCAGCCGAGGGAGGUUUAUUAGUACUUGGCAUUAAUUCGACCGAGGGAGGGAUCCUUAAAAUAAAGCGACGAACUCAAAACCAAGCAAUUAGCAAGGCGGUCGAAAUUUCAGAAGAAAACCAAGAAACAGUAACUCCUAUUAAGUAUGAUGUAAGUGAAAAAGAGUCUGAAAUAACCCUCUUAAAGGCACAAAUUCAAUCCUUAGGUAAGCAAGUAGGAGAAGCGGGUAUGAAUUUAACUCAGACUGAAGUUGAAUUAAGUAGUAAAGAGGAAAAGAUAAAAAAAAUAGAUGAAGAAAUCAGUCGUUUUCAGAACGAAAAGUUUCGAUUAGAAGAAACCAUUCAAAAAUUAGUAACUAAAUUACAAGAAAAACUAGAAGAAAGCGAAAAAACCCGCCAAGCAUUACAGAAAGAAGUGAACGAUUUUCAAACUAAAUUAAAUCAAUUGGAAAGCCAAAAAAAUAGUGAGUUGGAGAAAAAUAAGCAACUUACUUCUGAAUUGUUGGCUGAAAAAGAUAAACAAAUAAAAGAACUUCAAGACCAUAAUAAUUCCCUAACGGAAAAAAUAAAAGAAUUAGAGAAAGUUAUCGAAAGUUUACAAGCCCAAUUUAGUCAAGAAAAAAUAGUGGGAGAAAAAGAGGAAAUAACUCUAUUACAAGAACCAAGUCCAGAUGAUGUUUCCUUGAUUUCAGCGAGUUCCAGUGAAAAAGUUGAAUCGGAAGAAAAACUUUUAAAGGAAAAGUAUCCGGGGUUAGCACGAUUGUUAAGGGAAGCCAAAGGCAAAUUAGAUAGCGACCAUUAUAAUUCAAAACUUAAAUCUUCUCACCAUCACCAAGAAAUUUCAGAAACUAAAUGGAAAUUAAGAAAUUUUCAAAGUAAGUUAAAGCGAGCAAGUUUAGGUGAUCUCUUCAUUAGAAGUAAAGAGUUAAUUGAAAAGCAAAUAAAAUCACAAAAAUCCAGUUCUAACCAAACCUCACGUAUUAGCCAACUCGUUAGAAAUCAACGACUAUCUAGUGGCGAAAGUCAGUUAAAAGCACAGCAACAGCACGUAAAUCUUCCACCUAGAAAAUCUCUCCAAUAA